AUGGGGAAGAAAACAGUAGAAGCCAGAAUACAAGAUGAAUUAUUUCCUCUUAUAGAAAAUUUCAAGUCACACAAUGGGAAGCCAUUUGACACAAACGUGAUAAUGAACAGCGCGGUGUCUAAUGUCAUCUGCUCUAUCAUUUUUGGGAAAAGGUUUGAAUACGAUGACCCAGAGUUUAAAAAAUUAAUUCGAAUUGUGACCAAAACUACCAAACUGGCAGGCACACCUAAAGUGAUGAUGUUUAACUAUUUUCCUCGUAUCUCAACUUUUCUUGGCCUACAUAAUAAAGUUGAGCAAAACAUAAAUGAUCUUUGUGAGUUUAUUUCAAAACGCAUCAAAUAUAAGAAAAAGGAGUUUGAUACAAAUGCUAUCUCUGGAUAUAUUGAUGCAUACCUUAUGAAGCAGGAGUCAGCCAAAGUUGAAAAGUACUUUGAUGAUGAAAAUAUGAUAUACUCAGUUGUGGAUCUCUUUGGAGCUGGGACGGAAACAACAUCAACAACACUACGCUGGGGCAUUUUACUGAUGAUGAAGUAUCCAGAAAUACAAAAAAAGGUACAAGAGGAAAUCAGGACACAUAUUAAACAAGGUCAGAUGCCUACAGUGGAUGAUCGGAGGAAUAUGCCUUAUACUGAAGCAGUAAUACAUGAAAUUCAGAGGUUUGCUAAUAUUAUUCCUCUGAAUGUGUCACACACAACUCCAAGCGAUGUGUAUUUUCGGGGAUACUGCAUCCCAAAGGGUACAGAGGUCAUCCCUUUCCUUACAUCUGUUUUGUAUGACAAGACUCAGUGGAAGACUCCUUAUGAAUUUAACCCAAAUCACUUUUUGGAUGCUAAUGGGAAGUUUGUAAAACAAAAUGCAUUUAUGCCCUUCUCUGCAGGAAGAAGAGCUUGUGUUGGAGAAAGUUUAGCCAGAAUGGAGCUUUUCCUGUUUUUUACUGGCCUUCUGCAAACCUUCACUUUCUACCCACCUCCAGGAGUCUCCAGAGAAGAUAUAAAUCUCAAGCCUGGCAUUGGGUUCACUUUGGUCCCUUUGCCACACUUAGUAUGUGCAAAGCUGAAUUAUUAG